AAGAUUAGGAUGCUUGAGUUUCAACUUCCAAAGCGGCUGCAAGUCAAACCCGUGCUCACAUGGUCAUGGGCAGACAAAAUCCUACACAUAAUAACACUAUCAAUCUUCUUCUUUUUGUCCAUAGAAUAAUCUGGUGGAGUUUCAGAGAGUAUUUUGUGAGUAAUGAUGAAUGAAUUUAGCUCAAUGCCCACUUGCUGUGUGGAGACUGAGUCAAACUUUUUACAGAUAUAUGUUGAAGUAUGUGUUUGUCAGUGUAUGAAUAGCCAUUGUCUGUGAAGGGUGGGUGUAUUCUGGGAGGAAAUCUUGCUUGAAAGCUAUCCAAGGUAAGAACGCUGAGGGUUCUUGGACAAUCAAAUGAUGCAAUAUUGCUUUUGAUUUGUUGGUUGUCAGAUGAUUUUAGCUGGAGUUGAGUUUCUUGAUUUCUGGCUUUUUCUGGAAUUGGGUUUGAGUGGCUGAGGUUGUAAUAAGGGAGCCUCUUGAAUGUCAAAGUACUUUGAUACACUGUGAUUGUGUUUUUGUAGUAUUCAUUGUAUAGGAGGUUGAUGCUGCUGUCACAUGUCAAGGGUUCUUGAUGAGAUCAGCAGUUAAUGCGGAAUCUUGGUUUCACUUAAUUGGUUAUUGUUUUGAGCUUGAAAUUGUCAAGAUUUUAUUGGGGUUGUGAUUGUUAGUCGUUUUGUGUUGUUUCUUGAAAGUUUCCAUUUGUGACUAUUGCAAUUUUUGAUGAUUUUGAGUUGGGAUAAAGUUCUCAUCAACUCAAGCAUUUGCUUUGGUCUUCACUGUAAGAUCUCUCACUUCUCUAGUUCAAUGCAGAAGUAGCAGCUCUUGAUGUAAUUCUUGGGAUUUUAAUAAAAUCAUAGAUCAUUUUCAACUUGACAAGGUCAAAGAUGGUUAACAGUUUUUAGAUGUGGGUAGGCAGCUUAUAAUAGAAAGGUUUUGGAUUUUGAUAGAAACCGUAUCAAAAUCUCGUGUCAAAUGUUGUGAUUUUGAGUUGGGAAGAUACUUGUUCUGCUGCUAGUCCAUAUUCUUGAGAUCGACUAUGGACGCUCUGCAAGUUAUUUCAUCUGCAACUCAGAUAGUUUCAAGUAUGGUAAUGGCAAUUGGGGCACUAGAGCAAGCUUCCAGAGACCUUGAUGAUGCUCCAACGAGGAUUCGAAGCCUAGAGCAAUUUGUCUAUGAGCUUGAGAGCUUGGCACGUCGUAUUAAGCAAAAGCAUGUGUACAAGCUUCAUGAUCCCCAGUUAGACCAUCAGAUACAAAGCUUAAAUGCACUAGUUGAUCGUCUGCAUCCAAACAUCAUGAAGGCAAGACGGGUUGUGUCGAGAAGCAAAGUCAAGAACUUUGCUAAGAUCAUCUGGAACUCUGUAAUUGGGGAUCCACUUGGGAAGAUUUUGAGCUCAAUGAAGCACGAUUUGAAUUGGUGGCUUGAAUCUCAGAUAUUAACCGAGCAAGUUGAGAAUGUAAUUGAAGCGACUGCAAGAAACAUCCCAAUCAGAUUGAAAGUCAGCUCGGACCAGGGUUACCCUAUUUCCAGUAAGUGUGCGUAUGUGAGAAACUUACUUGACGGAGGUAGCCCUCGUCGUGUAAUUCUAAUUGUUGGGCUGUCUGGUAUUGGGAAGUCAUGUUUAGCUCGUCAAGUGGCUUCUGAUCUCCCUCCAAACUUUGUGGAUGGAGCAGUUGAACUUGGGUUUGGGCAAUAUUGCAGUAGGACUGCUUGUCAUGGUGAUAAGGAGGAAUACCAGAGGCGAUUGGCAAGAAAACUUUGUAAAUUUCUGGUGCAGAUUGGUUUCUGGAAGAAAAUAAAUGACGAGAGUUGUAGAGAUCUUGGGUACGUCAGUUGCAUGCUUCAAGAAGCAUUGUAUGGAAAGCGCAUCUUAAUACUUCUCGAAGAUGUGUGGGAACAAGACAUCGUUGAACGAUUUGCUAAGUUAUAUGACAAUGAUUGUAGAUAUUUGGUAACAACUAGGAAUGAAUCUGUCUAUGAGAUUACAGAAGCUGACAAGGUGGAGUUGGGGAAAGAUGACAUACGAGAAAUAAGCAAGACUGUUCUCCUUUAUCAUAGCCUCCUUAGAGAGGAUGAACUACCAGAAGUGGCUGAGACGUUGCUCGAACGAUGUGGUCACCAUCCUCUGACGGUUGCUGUGAUGGGUAAGGCUCUCAGGAAAGAACUAAGACCAGAAAAAUGGGAGAAGGCCAUUGAGAACCUAUCAACAUAUGCUACAUGUGCACCUGGUCCAAUCUCAUAUGUAAAUGAGAAAGAAGCCGAAAAUACAGUUACCAUUUUUGGGUCUCUGGAGUUCAGUCUGGAAGCAAUGCCUACCGACUCGAAACGACUCUUCACUGCUCUAGCUGCCCUUUCAUGGGUGGAACCUAUUCCAGAAACUUGUCUAGAAGCAGUUUGGUCAGUUCUUGGGCAGGAAAGUUUGUUCUCUCUCACAGUUUGUAAGCUUAUUGAAGGCUCGUUGCUGAGAAAAGAUGACCCUGAUUCCUUGUACCAAAUUCACGAUAUGGUUUCUCUUUACCUAGACAGCAAGACAAAUGAUUCGGUAAGAAUGUUACUGACCGAUUCCAGCUCCGAAGGAAACGCAUUUAUCAGUCCGUGGCUUUUCAUUUUUGGUAAGGAAUCAGUUAAAAGAGUUUCCCAGCAGAAAAUCGAUCUUUCUCUUACUCAUUUACAAGAAAAGCAAGCAGUGAUUACUUUGGAAGCCAUUACUCAGGCCCUUGAAGUCGGCAUAUUGAUUUCUGAAUUCGAAGCCAGCCGAGUAGGUUUCUGUAAGAUGCUCGGACCCAAGAUUGCAAGUAUCAUAUUAGAUGGAUCAGAGGAUCUUGUUUCAGUUUCUGCAAUAUCAAUCACAAAUUUAUUUACCAAAGCUGAUUAUUCUGAAUACAUCUUGUCUCUUGAAAAUAUGGGAGCAGUCGAUAAACUUGCAUUUAUUAUGGAAACGUGUGAAGAUCCUUUGAUUCAGACCAGUAUCUUAACCCUCCUGGCCAACCUUGCAGAGUUUGGAACUCAAAGCACCACUGAUGAAAUUCUCCAAAGACUUCCCAUGAGUCGGCUGGCAUAUCUGCUCUCUCCCGUCGCUGAGGAGUGGCACGACAGUGUUUUUUCAACGUUGAUGUCUUUAACCAAAGCCGGCAAGUCAAAAGCUGUUGAGAAGAUGUAUUCUUUUGAGAUCGACAAAAGCCUUAUUCAACUACUCGAGACGGGCUCUGACGUUGCUCAAAACAAUGCCAUUAUCUUACUGAAAACUUUUUAUGAGCUCGGAGGUCCUGCCAAUGGCUCUCUUCGACCAGGUACUCUAAACUUAUUGCCAUGGCAAGCUAGACUUCGUCUAGAAAAGUUCGUAGUAUCUGAUCUGAAUUCAUUACCUUCACCAAAACCACAAAGUCUCCAAGAUCUGAUUGACAAGUUGUUUCAUGAGGACGGCAAGCUGGUAUUAGGAGCUAUGCAAGAUCUAAUACCAAUAAUCGAGAAGGUUGAUGAGCUGAAAAUCAGAGACAUGAUUCUUCGAAGCCCACUUGUCAAAAGACUCUCAGAACUCCUCAAACACGGACAAACAGAUCAGAAAGAAGUGAAAUCUGAAUCUGCAUUUCUACUCAUGAAGCUGGCUUGCUCAGGCGGGGAACCCUGCAUUAAGAAGUUCCUGGAAUUUGAUAUUGUUUUCGAGCUUGUCAAGAUGAUGCAGUGCACGGUAACUGAGUUGCAAGAUUCAGCUUACACAGCGCUACACAACAUGCUCUUCAGCAACGGUGGAGUUCUUGUUUUGAACGAACUCCUCCAGGCCGGUCUUGUGGACAGAUUGAUUCAUUCGAUAGAGAGCAAAUUACUUAAGACGAGAGAAGUAAGCAUGUAUUGUGUCCUGGAUAUCGUCGAGGUGGGAAACAAAACAUGCAUAGAAAGAAUGUUCUCGUUGCAAGUGGUGGAGAAGCUUGUAACUAUCGAGAGGGUUACAGGGGGCACAGGUGAACAUGUAGUUGGGCUUCUUAAGGGAAUAAGCAAGUGCAAGAACCUCACUGCCGCAGAGCGUAAGGUGAUGAAGCAACAAGUUGUUAAGAAGGUGAGGGCAGCUAUCAAGGGCCACAAAUUAGAAGCUCAAAUUUUAGCAGCCGUUGACGCGUUUAUGUCCGGGGGAUCGAAAGGUGCCAGCGGAAGUGGGAAUAGGAAGAGAAAAUGAUAAGUUGCUUCAUUCUUUCCAAUGAUAUUAUUUCGAGCAAUAUGUGACGCACUUCUCCCUAAUAAGGUAGGCCUGUCAAUGGGCAGGGUUUUACGUUUUGAUCUUAUAAAAAUAUUACACGAUA